AUGAGCCCAAUGGAGGAAGAGCCGAUCUAUCAGGGAAGCACGAGCAGAAUGGAGCAAGAUCCAGCUCCGUUAGACAAAACAUCCAUAACUGAUUCGCCCUCAGUUGCACAUAACCCUGCUCCAGUUGCACAUAACCCUGGUCCAGUUGCUCAUAACCCUGGUCCCAAGGUGACUUCGACCCCUGAGAAAAGUGAAAGAAAUCCCCGAGCUCUGGAUAAACUUGAUUCCUCCUUCGAAUCAGACGCUCAGACCGUCGUUGAAAAAGAUGAGAACGGAUUCGUUUACUAUAGAUGUCGAUUCUGUGGACUUACCUUCAACUAUAUGAACACCUUAAGAGCACACGAACGCGUUCACAACAUCUCGCAGCCCUUCGUCUGUGGCAAAUGUGGUGACUCAUUCGAAUUCGCGUGCCAGCUUGAAUAUCAUACACAGCAACACGGUGGUGAGUUCAAUACCUUCGAUGUAAAAUGCUACACACAUUUUUACCCAAGCCCCAAGAAACACUUUUGUUGGCUG